AUGAAUCUCCUACUUCUACUACCGCUGUUAUCAACCUGUAUUGCCAAAUCGUUUGCCUUUGAAUGCAUUACCUGCAACGCCAACGCCGGUGAUGAUGACACAAAAGAGUGCGUCGAAGAGAUCGAGGAAUGUGAGCCAGGGGUUGAGAGUUGCUCAAUGGUCGCCUACGUGUCUUCACCGGAUAAUCAAUUGCAUAUGCGAAAGUUUUGCACUCCAACUGGAACUCCCAUCUACCAAUACUUGUUGUUCUUCCCUGGCAGCGCUCUGUGUCAAAAUAUUGGAAGUGUAAGCGUGAGAAGUAGAUUGCAUAGUAACUUUAGAAUAAUUUUAGAGGCCUGUGAUGACUUUUCACCCCAAAAAAUGGGAAAAACUCUUGUAAAACUCUAAAAAAUCUCUGAAAAAUGAUGAUUUUAGCUUCCUGAACCAAAGUUCCCCGAGAAAUUUGAUAGCAAUGUAUUCUCCGAAGAGAUCUUCCCUCCAGCUGAACCUCCAGUCGACCCAGAGUUCGAAAUCGACGAGCAAUUCAACGAAACAAAUCCUGUCCCUCCUCCUUCGUCAAAGGAAUUUAAAUCGUCAAAGGAAUCCAAAUCAAAAAGCAGAGCUUUUGGCCCUCCUGGAAUUCGACCACCUCCCGAUUUCAAGCUGAGUCGAGCCAAGAGAGUGCGCAGAAGCGGAGCGGCUCCACCAGCUCCACCUCAGGCACAGGUAAGUUGAUAUAUUUAUACAGUGGCAACUGAGAUUCGAACCUACAGUGGCGGCCUGAUCCACCGGCAAGAAACGUACCAUUUUGUAUCCGGGAAGUAUCCAAAAUGUAGCAAAAUACUUCCCUCUCCAAGUGAAAAAGCUCCGCUCUUUUUGUGAAGGAAAGGGCUCGCCCUUCAAAACGGGUUUUCACUUGGAGAGGGAAGCAUUUUGCUACAUUUUUGAUACUUCCAGGAUGCAAAAUGGUACGUUUUUUGCCACAGGAUCAGGCCCGUCACUGUAGUCAUCAAUGGAUACUUUCCUGAGCUUUUUGGGCCUUAGUUUGUCUCACAUCUAUCACCCUGUAAACUAGCCUUCAUUUUUCAGAGAUCCAGCCUUCUCUGCGUCUGCUCCAGCGCCAGAUGCAACAGCGGCCUUCCCGAACAAGUCCUCAGCCGAUCGAUGUUGAACAACCUUCCCUUCACGUUAACAACCCCUGAAGUUCAAGUCGAUGACUCUGCCUUGCAAAAUGUAUCAGCACAAAAAUAA